AUGGGACUAAACGCGAAAGAAGUCGUACGCGUGUAUGCGUGCAGUACGGAGCUAUCGUAUAAUUUAUCUAAAGCGAUGUCUGGACAAAUAUAUCACCCGUUAAAUAGAGCUCUGCUUAAUUUUAAAAAAGAAGUUCGGCAAAUAAAGGAAACUAUGAGAUCUAUUGCUGAAGUGAUAUCACCAGUAGCGUAUGAAAUUGAAAGUACUACGAGUUUGCAACAAAUGAAGGCUGAAAACCAUUUAACUGAUGCCUUAUUGGAUAUAGUUCGUAACGACGAAGACACAAAAAUGAUUUCAAAUAAAACCGAAAGAAAGGCUUAUGAAAUUAAAUAUAAUAAAAAAAUGGAAAUACGUUGCGAAAACCAGAUAUCACAUGGAGUAUCCAUAUGUUUAAACGAUUUUUCUUCAGCAUAUGGUGCAUGUAAAGCGGUCAUGCCGUAUGCCAUGAUAUGCUGGCCGCUGACGUUGCCGCGAAUUUGCGAUUUAAAACGGUUGUUAGGAACUGAUAUAUGCAAAAGUAGAGUACAGAUGCAAUCAAAUUUAUCUGAAGGUUUUAAAUUCCUCAAAAUAGUAAAAAGAAAAUUGACCACAAACUUAGAAGAAAUUGAUCUACAGCGAAAUGAAACAUACGAAAAACAGUUUGAUAUAGUUCAGGACGCUAAGGAAACUGGUCAGCGAGUGCUACAAGCCUUUGAAGAGAAAUACCUGAUAAUGAAGUCAGUGAAAAUCUUUCUAAAUAUCUGCCUAGCUCUACUGUUUCUUCGCAUAGCAGUAGCGGCAAUAAAAUACCACGAUCUGUACUUGACCAGUAUUGAUUAUGACAAUGUUUAUAUUACGGGUCAUUUUAAAAAGUUAGAUUUAAAACGACGAAGGAAAAACGAAUUCACGCUUCUACCAUUAAAAAAGAUGGAAAGAAAUAGGUACGUAGACGUACACUCAGCCACAUAUAUACCAUCGGAACGCAGUAAAUUAUUGACGCAGAUUCUUAAAGUCAUGCUCGAAGCCAUAACAGCAACAACUUUCGUAAUGUUAGAUCGGUUAUUUUAUGAAGCUUUGGAUGUUGUAAGACAAUAUGCUCUCGAGCCCAUCUCACAGUUGGAAGACCAAGAUAUUGAAAUAAAGGUAGAAGGCAAAGGUCAGCUCUCUAACAUGAUGCGUAAAAUUCUCACCGAAUUGGCUUUAAAUAAAAGCAAUAUAACGAUAUCUAACGAGACAUGCCUGCCGUGUCCCCGAGCAAUGCCUACUUCAUACUACUUCAAGAUUUAUGGAGGAUACCUGUGGAUCUUGAUAUUGCUGUAUAUAAAUCCUUACACGCUAAAGUUACGAAGGUUAAUCUGCAGUUACUUCUAUCGAAUACGAGAAAAACAAAGAAUUUUGCAUUUAUACAACGAUAUUCUCAAGAAACGUGUGAAAAUGGAUAAAACUUUACGACGGAAAGCAGUUCAGGCUGUACGCGCUCAUUACCUGUCAGGCGAGAACCUGUUGAGUUUGAGGAUGAGAUACCCACAGAUGGAUUGGCUCGGUACAUUAUCCGCUGCUAGGAUGAAGUGCUUGAUUUGUGAAGAAACUGAGCCUAGACAUAUUAAACACAAGCAACGAUUUACUUCAGUGGAAAUAUGGCAUUCAUGUAUAAGUACGAGAUGUCCGUUCGUGUAUUGCAAUGAGUGUUGGCAAGAAAUCGGCAACCAAUGCCUCGCAUGCGACCCCGCACUCGCGGAACUCAGCGAUAUUGAUUCUCUCAGUGACGACAACCCACCAAGAUAU